CUACAAACUGACCAAUCUUGGCGAAGGAGGGAAACUUCCGUUACAUGCACUUCAGCACGUCCAUUGUAGAACGCGAUUGUUGUGAAUUCGUCGCCAGAUUUGUUUUAAACCGCGAAAAAAAGUUGCUGCGCCCGUCGAGUUUCAUCUUAAGCCGCGCCGCAGUCGUUCGAGACCGCUGUCAUACGGCAAACGUGGGCUCUCUUGGGAAUAUCCAGUCCACCUUGCGCUUGUGCUAACUCGCCGUAGCUAGCACACGUUAGCUGGCCGCGGUUGGGUUGGUCGAAUGGCGACAGACGGGAGCAUGUCUUCGACUCGCUUUGGAGGAUUUUGCCUUUAAAUACGCCACACUUGAGUGGGGGAAGCGCAAGCCCAACCCGCUCGUUAUCUCAACGGACUUGGGCUCUCGGAAGGGAUUUUGUGGUGUGUGUGUUACAUUGUUUUGUUGGCGAAUUCCGCAAGGAGUGCCCCCCCCCCUCCAGGAUGAAUGGCUUCAGUACCGAGGAGGACAGCCACGACGGGCCGCCCGCGCCGCCCCUCUACGGCCAGAGCUGCUGCCUGAUCGAGGACGGCGAGCGCUGCGGCCGAUCGGCCGGCAACGCCUCCUUCAGCAAGCGGAUCCAGAAAAGCAUUUCGCAGAAGAAACUCAAGCUGGACAUCGACAAGAGCGUGCGCCACUUGUACAUCUGUGACUUCCACAAGAAUUUCAUCCAGAGCGUGCGCAACAAGAGGAAGAGGAAGACGAGCGACGACGGCGGCGAGUCCCCGGAUCACGACGUGGAGGUGCCGGAGGUGGACCUGUUCCAGCUGCAGGUGAACACGUUGCGACGCUACAAGCGACACUACAAGCUGCAGACCAGGCCAGGCCUCAACAAGGCCCAGCUGGCCGAGACGGUGAGCCGUCACUUCAGGAACAUUCCGGUGAACGAGAAGGAAACGCUGACCUACUUUAUUUACAUGGUGAAAAGCAGCAAGAGCCGCUUGGACCAGAAGGGCGACGGCGGCAGCAAACCACUCGACUAAAACAAAACAACAAAGACGCACGCAGACACGGACCGGGGGGGGGGGGGGGGGGGUAAAAAAAAAGCGACGAACACGACCAGACAUGGUGAAACAACCAAAAACUGGAUCCUCAAUACAAGUGGCAUCCCUGAAGGACUUUUUUUUCUUUUUCUUUUUUUUUUUAAAGAGUCACAGCCAACUAUGGGCCAUUGUUCCGUUCACCCAAAUGGUUGCGACUCUCGGACCAGGACGCAAUUUUGACCGAACAUGUGUCAACUGUUACCGUGUCCCACCGUGACGGUAAAAAGGCUCACCUCUCCCGUCGACAGAAUGUCCCCUUUAACCUUGUCGGGAAAGACAACGUCAUGUACUUAAAAGAAAGAAAGAAAAAAAACAAACUUGAUUUGGACCUCAAGCGCCCAGACAGGACUGCUGACAUUUGCAUGUGGUCUUUUUUUUCCACCAACAUGCGCACUGCGGACGGCAAUUGUUAGCACUGACAUGUUGAAGGCACUUGGCCCGUGUUUAACCCUCCUGUUAUUUUUUACGGGGGUCCAAUGGGCCCAUUUUUAUCUACAUUUUAAAUACAGUGGAUUUAGGUGUGUGGCCAAGUACAACAGGAUUGGAUGAUCAAUAAUAUAUCGAAUUAUGAGCGAAAAGCCAUCCUUAUUGGAUUUGGUGUUAGGGGGGGGGGGGGUUGUUAUCAAUGACAGGCUAAAACCCCUCAUGUUAUGUUGGGGUCAAAUUGACCUAUUAUAAUUUUUUUUCCUUAAUUAGUGGCUACAGUACAGGAUUCCCCCCCCCCCUUUAUUGGUGACACUUUAUGGAGAAUAGGUCAGAUUGACCAUUCUGUUAAUGAGAAAUGAAUGUAACGGGAGUUUUAAAAGCCCUCUCCAAAAAUAUUUGUAACCGCUGACAUGCGAAGAUCACGAGGCCCUUUCUUUAACCUUCCUGUUAUCCUGCAGGUCAAAUUGACCCAAUGUAAAAAUUCAAAAGUUUUUUUUUUAACUUCUAAGUGUAUUGGCUUCAGUAUGUGUUUGGGGAAUGGGUUUUCCCAAUUCUGACAAUUUUUAGAUAAUGGGUGAAAUUGACCGAGGAUCACUAUUAAUUUUACGGGAUGGUAAAAAAAAACACAUUUUAGUGUUAAUUGUUAGCACUGAAACAAAAUGCUCUUUGCCUAUGACCAUUAGCGUCAGCAGAGGGCGCCACCAGUCUAUGUGUCAGUCCUGUUUUUAAAAAUAUAGAUUUCAUUUAAUUUUUGUGUAGUGAUUCCAAGCACAAUUUUGGGUAAUGGGUCACUGAAGCCACUGUUAACAGGAGGGUUAAAUUAUGCCACCGUUGAAGAGCGUCUGUCAGCACUGCGCGCUACGAUGCUUCAUGCUUACUUGAAAUCGUAGCGAGCUGAGGCUAGCUUUCCUUUGGCGGUAGUUACUCAGUGACGAAACUUGAGUGUCCCGUUCAGUUAAAAAAAAAAACUUGUUUUUCCACUGCGUUGAUGCUUCUACACAGUUGACAGGUUUUUAUUUGAGAUUGUUUUUACUCCCCACGUUUUCAUUUUUGCUGGUAGUUUUCGUUAGCAUCACGUAGGGGAUAACCAUCCGUCUUUAUUCACACGUAAGCGACAACAGCCGUAUUAACCUGUAACCUUCGUAUUAGAAAUCACACUUGUAUUUAAAUAUGGCUGCUUAAUGCUCCUGCUAAUGAAUAAAUGUACAGGCCUAUCU